AUCAAUGGUGUUUCUGUAUGCCAGCAAUGGGAAGAGCAAGGAUGAAAUCAGGAAAGCAACUCCUUUUGUGAUAGCCUCAAAAAAAACCAAAACUUUUUUUUUCUUCUAAAGGGAUUUUCUUCCCCCCUCUGUGAACCUACACCAUCAGAUUGAUUCUCUAGCAUUAUUCUCAUUUUUCAGAUAGUUUCUAUGUUAGAGUCAAAAGUCAAAAUUGAACUACUUUUGUACUAGUGUUCUAGUAGCUCAAGUCUUCUUCGGCUUGCCUGACUAGGAUUUCAGAGCAAGAGUUUUGAGUGUUUAUGGUCUCUCCUAUUAGUGACUUCAAUAUUGUUACUGAUUUCCCAUGUUAAUUUUUCUCAUACUAAGGCAACGAUACUUCUCCUCCUCUGCUUCCCCUGCCCUCAUGUCACCUUUUGUAUAUUAAGCCCUACAUUUUAGCUGUCAUGGGCUGCCAUCCCUCACUUGAUAUGGGUAGAGUUUUGCAAGGUUGCAGCGUAAGAUCUGUCAGCUGACACUUGCUCACAUGAGAGCCAUUAAGAGGGUGGUGGUGUGGCCAAUGUCAGAACAACCUUGCAGCUGAAGGCAAGUUACUGCAUUUGCUUAGAGACAUGAAUAAGUCUUGUGACCAUUUAAUUGAUGACUACAUAAUCUCCAGCUAGGGAGCACAGAUGGACUGAGUCAGUCUAAGCUGCUCCAACCCGUUGAGUGUUUGGUCUUUUGCUGAGUACAAGCUUAGGAACAAAAGUAGGAAGUGGGAUUUGUACUUGUCUGUUUAUAAUGGGUUUGCUGAGAGCAUGUUUUAUAAUGUGAUGCAUGCAUCUGACUUCCAAAAUUAUCUGAGUUUAAUUUAUGUAACAAGUGGAUGUUCCUUUUUUUUUUUUUCUCUUAAAUCUUCUAAAAGAGGAAAUUAAUAGGCUGUUGCCAAGUUGCUUGCUUUAUGUGUACUGUAUAGGGGGUGAUCAUGUAGAUCUGCUGGUCACUGCAGAAUAUUCUUCAGAUAGCAAAGGAACUUAAAGGCUUGUGUCCAAGUCCAUGUUGAUGGUCAGAGUAAACCAGAAGAACAUUAAGCAACUCAAGAGAUGUGUGGCAGCACAGCAAAAACCACAGCCCAGCAAGAUUUGGCCAGAUGUGUGAGUGAUACCGGUGUUGGGAGGAUUUACAAGAGGCUUUUCAUCUCAAAGGUUUGGAAAGGUACUAAUGUAGGAAGGGGCACCCAUCACACACAAUUUGAUAACAGUUGGUCGUGUUCAGACUUGGAUGUAAGUGAGAUUCGCCUGAUUGUGUACCAGGACUGCGAGAGGAGAGGCAGACAAGUCUUAUUUGAUUCCAAAGCUGUUCAAAAGAUGGAAGAGGUGGCAGCCAAGAAAACAGAAGAUAUACCUGUUAAAAUGUCAGCCAAAUGCUGUCAAGGAGGAAGCAGUGUUAAUAGUGUCAGCAGCAGCUGCAGCGACAGCAGCAAUAGUAGCACCUUUUCCCAUAGUUCUUCUGGAGGGUCUUUACCACAAGCCAAGGAGCAGCUUCCAAAGUACCAGUAUACAAGACCGGCUUCUGACAUCAACAUGCUGGGGGAAAUGAUGUUUGGCUCAGUUGCAAUGAGCUACAAAGGCUCUACCUUAAAGAUACACUAUAUACGUUCUCCUCCCCAACUAAUGAUUAGUAAAGUCUUCUCUGCUAGAAUGGGUAGCUUCUGUGGAAGUACAAAUAAUUUGCAAGACAGCUUUGAGUACAUCAACCAAGAUUCUCAUAUGGGAAAACUGAACACAAAUCAGAAUGCUUUGGGGCCUGGUCGUACUGGAAGUAACCUAGGUUUGCUACAGGCUUGCAGCAGCAAGCUGCUGCAGGGGGUGGCUGAAGGAGGACCUCUCCGGCUCACCCGGAGUGCUUCUUUCUUUGCAGCACACAGCACACCAGUUGAUAUGCCGAGCAGAGGACAGAAUGAAGACAGGGACAGUGGCAUUGCUCGAUCAGCCUCACUAAGCAGCCUUUUGAUCACACCUUUUCCCUCUCCAAGCUCCUCGACGUCUUCUUCCAGCAGUUAUCAGCGCCGAUGGCUUCGAAGUCAGACAACAAGUUUGGAAAAUGGCAUUUUCCCAAGAAGAUCAACUGAUGAAACAUUCAGUUUGGCUGAAGAAACCUGUAGCUCUAAUCCAGCCAUGGUUAGGAGGAAGAAGAUUGCUAUCAGCAUCAUCUUCUCCCUGUGUGAGAAAGAAGAAGCACAACGGAACUUCCAGGACUUCUUUUUCUCCCAUUUCCCCCUGUUUGAAUCUCACAUGAACAGACUGAAGAGUGCAAUCGAAAAGGCCAUGAUCUCCUGUAGGAAGAUAGCAGAAUCAGGUCUCCGUGUCCAGUUUUAUGUCAGCCGCCUGAUGGAGGCUCUGGGAGAAUUCAGAGGGACUAUCUCGAAUUUAUAUUCUGUUCCAAGGAUAACUGAACCAGUAUGGCUUACCAUGAUGUCAAACACUUUGGAAAAAAACCAACUGUGCCAGCGCUUUCUCAAGGAAUUUACACUUCUGAUAGAACAAAUCAACAAGAACCAGUUUUUUGCUGCCUUGCUGACUGCAGUGUUAACCUACCACCUGGCCUGGGUACCAACUGUCAUGCCUGUUGACCACCCUCCCAUUAAAGCUUUCUCAGAGAAGCGCACCUCUCAGUCAGUGAACAUGCUGGCCAAAACACAUCCGUAUAAUCCUCUCUGGGCACAGUUAGGUGACCUUUAUGGAGCCAUAGGCUCUCCAGUGAGAUUGACUCGUACUGUGGUUGUGGGGAAGCAAAAGGAUUUGAUCCAGCGCAUUCUUUAUGUCCUGACCUACUUUCUCCGUUGCUCUGAGCUACAAGAGAACCAGCUGACCUGGAGUGGUAACCACAGUGAAGGUGACCAAGUUUUAAAUGGGAGCAAGAUUAUGACAGCUUUGGAGAAAGGAGAGGUAGAGGAGUCUGAGUAUGUAGUAGUUACGGUGAGAAAUGAGCCUGCUCUUGUACCCCCCAUCCUACCACAAGCAAUGACUGAGCGGAGGAGCCCUGGGCCCAAAUGGUUAGCUGGGACCCCAGAAAACACUGACACUAGAGAUCUGGGUCCCAACCCUGAUAGAGAAGCAAUCAAGAGGCCAGAGAAGAAUUCUGAGACUUACAGCAUAGGAUUCCAAGAGCCAGCACUAGACAGUUCUUGGAAACCUCAGAGCACAUUUUGUGGUGAUGAAGAGAAUGAACAAGAGGCAUCACAAGGCGGCUCUUCAAGAUUUCUCUGUUGUGAGGUUCCUGGGGCAGGAAUGAUGAAUCAACAAACUGUCCAAGAGCAGUUGAAAGGGGAGAUGCUAAAGAAACUAUCAGAACGGUCAACAGCCUGGCCUUGCCCUGACAGAUGUUCCUGGAAGGAGCCUCCUGUGGAAAAGGUCACUUUCCAAAUUGGAAGCUCUGUAUCUCCUGAGUCUGACUUUGAAAGCCGCACCAAAAACAUGACAGAAAGGCUAAAAGCCUGUGAACAGUAUCCAGAGGGAGCCAGUGCCUUGGUUGAGUCAGCUCAGGCCCAGCAGGGCUCUGGGUGCACCUUCCAAGCUGGCUUUCAGAGUGUCACCGUUCCUCAGAACCGGUCUGAUGGAGAGGAAGGUGAAGCUGACUGGGGAUUUACUGAGGACAGAGGCACCAGAGCCAGAACUGUGGCAGAUGCUGUGGGGCAGCUCAGCCAAGCUGUUGACACACUUGUACCCUCUGACAGUGCACAGGGAACCAGCAGGAGAAGUCUAGAGCAAAAUGUAGGUUUGUAUUUGAAAAGCAAGGAAGGACCGUCACCAGAGCCUGUUGCAAAUACCUGUGGCCAUCAGGACUCUAGCUUCCUGGUUGCUGCAGAUGUCCCCUGUGGGGAUACAGACCAGAAGGCUGACUUUAGGAUGGAAGGAGACAUUCCCAGGAAUGAGAGCUCCGACAGUGCCCUUGGAGAUAGUGACGACGAAGCAUGUAUUCUAGCCACACUGGGCCUACCUCACAGUGGUGAUAGGACUGAUGGGUCCUUGGAAGUGGAGUUGCCUCUGCCAAGGUCCCACAGCAUCAGCAAUCCAAAUGUAAGCAACUUUGGCCGCUCACUUCUGGCAGGUUACUGUCCUACAUACAUGCCUGAUAUGGUGCUUCAUGGGACCAGCAGUGAUGAGAAGCUGAAGCAGUGCCUGAUGGCUGAUCUGGUUCACACAGUGCAUCAUCCAGUGCUGGACGAGCCGAUCGCCGAGGCUGUCUGCAUUAUUGCAGACACGGACAAGUGGAGUGUCCAGGUGGCCACGAGUCAGAGGAAAGUGAUAGACAACAUGAAGCUGGGCCAGGAGGUCUUGGUCUCUAGUCAGGUGUCCAGUUUACUGCAGUCCAUCUUAGCGCUGUACAAGCUUCAUCUCCCUGCUGAUUUUUGCAUCAUGCAUCUUGAAGACAGACUGCAGGAGAUGUACCUUAAAAGUAAAAUGCUUUCUGAAUAUCUUCGGGGACACACGAGAGUCCAUGUGAAAGAAUUGGGUGUUGUGCUGGGGAUUGAAUCUAAUGACCUGCCUCUGUUGACAGCAAUUGCCAGCACUCAUUCUCCUUAUGUGGCUCAGAUACUUUUAUAAACUAAUGCUCAGGACAGUGCUUCUUGAAACAAGAAAAACAAGUUCUCAACUGAAGGAGAAAGGAACAUGCCCUCUGUGACAUCAGAAGCAUAAGAGAAGACAGAGUCAUUCCACCAUUUACAUUGUUGCUUUCAAAUGGAUGCUUCAUUGGGAGACUUUGGUGUACCUGCACACAGUGGCAUUUGUGAUUUUCAGAAGCACUUUGGAUCUUUGGUUACCUGUGAAUCAGCAAAGUGUUAUUUCUGGCUGGAGGAGACAUAAGCACUACACUAAACACUAGGCAGUUGUUGCAAAUAGCCUUGUGUUUGGACAGAAUAAUGACAAGCAAUUUGGAGUAGGGUGCAAACAGCCUGUGUAACAUUCCAGCAAGAAAAUGUUCUAGACUUUGAGAGUGAGGCUGCAGCCUGAGAGCCUAGUGCACUAUUCCAAGACAGGCAGAAUAAGGACUUUGCUUUUCAUAGGAAGCAAGAAGGAAGCCACAUUGUGCCAUCACCAGCCUCCUGGCUCCAGCAGCUAUUGUUUGAUGUGCAGGAUUUUCUGUUGGAAAAACAGUGCUGUAGGGGCCCAGUGCUUGCACUGAGGUCUCAGGGUUUUCUCUCAGAAGUAGCCACAUGUAAUUCAGACAUGGAUUGCUGUCGCGCAAUAACCCAAGAGCCAAUGUAGCAUCCUCACCCACCUAGUGUAGUUUGUAAAGCAGAGUGCAGCUGACCCCAGUGUUGACCCUGUCGCUUAGAGCUCUCUGCAGCCUUUCCAAGAAAGGCCAUUGCCAAAGUUACUUAUAAGCUCAAGUGUUUCUGUGGAUACAUUCUUCCAGCCACAGCCACUUCCUUCCUCAAAUAGUUCAUACAAGACUGUUUGUAAUUUAAAAGGUGCAGCUAUCCGAGUGGGAAGUGAAACUGCAGUAAAAAGCAACUAGGUUAGACUAUAGAAGCACUCUGCAUAGUGUGAAUUUGUACAGUAUCAACUCUGUACCCAAAACAUCCUGACCAUCACACAUAAAGCCUACCAAAGUGAAGUAUUCAACUGUUAAAAACCCACAAUUUUCUGUUAACAGAAAAGACACCUAGUUUACUGACUAACAAUUUAACAGAGUGUAUCUUGACAUCUAGGAUAAAGUAAAACUUGGAUUAAGCAGUAGAGGCUAAUGUAGUAAAGCAAACAUGGUCAGCCCUAACUUCACUCCUUCCCACUUAGCUCUUGUACUAAGAAGGUGGACUAUUUGUUUCUCCUGGUUUGGAGUUAAAAAAAAAAAAAGACUUCAGAUUUCAUAUUUCAUAAAAUCCUGAUCCUUAGUACCACAUAACUUUUGUCUGUUCUUGUACAAAUGCAAGUAAAUUGUUUGGAAGCUGUACCAGUUGACACAAAUGCUGCAUUCUUUCUUAGGAACAGGCUGCAAGUAUACUACUUUCCCCUCUCUUUGUGCUUUGUGAGAUUAGAUGGAGGUGCUUCAAGGCACUUAUUAGUAUCUUUCAUUUUCACUUUAUUUUUAUCUUCCUUUUACAAAAUUUAAGUUUUCCAUUCUCUUUAGUAGUAUUUCCUUUUCUGUUGGCCCAACCUAAGUUUGGGAUUUUCACCUUUCUCUUUCCAUGACAUCAUUGUUUGCUAUGCCCACCUAUGGCUCAGCGCACUCAGCCUUGCUGUUCUCAUGUGUGAAUAAGCUGUCAAAGCUGGUCUUAGAGCUUUUCCAUGCCAGCCAAAAGCAUUCCCCUUUGCUCUAGCAGCGUUUCCUUGUUUACAUGUUGUAGGCAUUUUGCCUCAUUCACCAUCUUCCAGGGGUUCAGAGAACAGAACUCAGUACAAAGCCAGUGUGAUUCUCAUGUAUCCAUUAGUGGCAUGUUGAAAAUUAGUUCCAUCCUGGGAAAAUUAAGCUUCACAUGGGCUGAUUCUUAACUCUACCUAAAAAACCUGGCUCAGACUCCUCCAAACAUGAAAGUUACAAUUUUCUUCUUAUUCAAAAUGUGUAUUAGGAGAUCACAGGUGGGCACUGGGUGGAGGUUAUCUCAUGACCCCUUAGGACUCCACGCAGAGCCGCCUCCUGUGUCUGCUGCCUACAGAAACGCCCAGAAUGUUGCUGCUCUAAGUAUUGUUGAACUAUUGAACAUUUCAAGCUUCCUCUUAAAUUCAGCUUCUUCCCUAAAGCAAAGAUGAAGAAAACUUGCCACAGCUGAAGAGUUGAGAAAGGGCUCCCACCCUCCCAUACCCCUCUCAAGAAAAAAAAAAUUAAUGAAGAAAGAAAUCUACCUCAGUUGACAGGAUUCCACCUUUGGGGUUUCUUCAACUCUGUCUUACUGUCGAGUGUAAUUCUUUGUUGUUCUGGCUUUCUUAAGCAAGCUAGUGAGGCAUGGCAGAGCGGACGUGUAAACGUUCCUGUAACAAGCCUCUUUCUAGCAGGUUGCAGUUUUUAUUUUUAAUAAAUUGAUAAGUGAUAUGAAUGUAAAGCUAAUUGUGUAUGUUUUAAACAUGGCAAUGAAAGUUUAAAAUGUAGCUUCCAUACUUGUGCAUAAUUCCAAAGUAUUUUAUUUUAUCAGUGUUAAAUAGCUUUUUGUAUAGGCUUCAAUCCAUUUUUCUGAAGUGUGCUGUUUUUUAAUGAAAAUAACUAAAGUCUUUUCACAUCCCAUAGAACUGCCGUUUACAUAUUACAACUUUUUAAACUUACCAUAUUUUUCAGAAGUAACUUUUUUGGAGGGAA